UCCCUACGCAACAUGGCCGCCUGAUGUCCUCACAAUCCCGUCCGCUUGAAACUCCACUCCACGUGGACCGCGCACACGUGUGUGCGUGUGUACCGUUUGCCGGCCUUCAUAGGCGCUCGCUAACAGCGCUUGCCCCUAACAGGACUAUCCAAAGUCGUCGGCAGGCCCUGAUGGCGGGGACGGUCGUGCCUGCAGAGGUGCUCGUGUGUGCCGGUGCGGACGAGUCGGCGCCCGGCGGCGGAGGCUGCGGGGCGUGGGACGCGCGAUCGGGCGCCUCGCUCGCCUCGUACCGCGGCGGCGGAGCGGCGGCGCGGACUCUGUGCCUCGCGGGGGGACGCCACUUGCUGGGCGCGCAGCGCGGCAAGAGCUACGUGAACGCGUGGGACGCGGGGCGCAAGCAGGAGCAGCUGCAGCAGAAGCUCGUGUGCCCGGGCCCCGUGUCGUGCCUCGCCGCCUCCCCGGACGGGCUGCACCUGGUGGCCGGCAUAGCGCAGACGCUCUACCUGUGGGAGAUGGGCGGGGGCUCCCUGCUCGCCGUGCUGUCGCGCCACUACCAGGACGUGUCGUGCGUCUGCUUCUCUGACGACGGAAGCCACUUCGUGUCGGGGGGCAGAGACAAUCUGGCGCUCGUGUGGAACGUGGGCAGUGUGGUGCAGGCAGGCAGUGCGGAGCCGCGCCACGUGUGGUCCCAGCACACGCUGCCCAUCACAGACUUGCAGUGUGGCGCCGGGGGGCCGCUGGCCCGCAUUGCCACCGCCUCUCUCGACCAGACCGUCAAGCUGUGGGAGCUGGCGUCAGGCCGCCUGCUGCUGUCGGUGCUGCUUUCCGUGGGGCUCACGGCGCUGGCGCUCGACCCGGCUGAGUACCACGUGUUCUGCGGUGGCGUGGACGGUGCCAUCUACCGCAUCAGCCUCUACAACACGAACCACGAGCGGACUCUGCGGGUGAACGAGGACGAUGAGGAGGCGGUGUUUCGAGGACACACCGGUGAGGUGCGCUGUCUGUGCGUCACCAUGGACGGGUCCCUGCUGGUGUCGGGCUCCCAGGACCACAAGGUGUGCGUGUGGGACGUGGCGAGCCGACAGUGCCUCCGCACUAUUACCAUGAAGGGCCCAGUAACCAAUGCGCUGCUCGUGCCGCCGCUGCCGGGCCUCGUGGACAGCGAGCCGAGGCCGGCGCUCACUCUGCCUCGGCUGGCGCGGCAUCUGGCGGGUGCCAGCGAUGACGGUGCUGGGGAGAGCGGCGCCGUAACCGUGAGGUCGGCGAGGUCGCGACACAUGGGAGCGCAGGAACACACGCUGCUGCAGGAACUGAGCGAGCUGCGCGGUGCCAUGCAACAUGGAAUCGAGACGGAUGGGCUGACAGAUCCCGAGGGUCGGCGCCUUCUCGCCUCGGAGCUGCAGGAGGAGGUGCACCGCCUGCGCGCAGCCAACACCGACCUCUACAAAUUCGCCAGCACCCAACUCCACCCAAUCUGACAGUGCUGCAACCAGUACCCACCCACAAUGCCUCGCGUGCUCCACCCCGUAACCACUGCCGGCCUGAUGCGGCCGUCGGUCCUUCGAUCAGCUUUUUUUUUACGUGAAACUGUGACGGCUUUGCAUCGGGGGCUCAUUGUCACAGCCGUGUCCCCAUGCGGCUCUGCCGCCGCUCGGAGCUGUGGGAACGAGCGCCUCUCUCGUGCUACGCGCGAGGCCUCUGUGAGGAAGGCGAUGGAGUGAGGGACCGAGGUGAACUGUGAAUCUCCCCGCGCGAUUGCAAAGUGUGGAGGUGUCAUUUGUUUUUGAGCAGCAUUUGCACAUCGCCGGGACUCGAUUUUCUCAAAGCGUUUUUUAAAUCGUUUACAUUCUUAAGAGUUCUGUAAGUGUCUGUUUGCACCAUAUGCCAAGGAUUUCAAAAUUAAAGCCUGGAAGCUGCUGUG